AUGCUCCCUUCGAAGUUCCUUCACAACUUUGUUCCGAGGCCCGACCCUGCAAGGGCUCAGCCAAAACCUGUGAAUUUCAACAGCGCCUUCGAAGGAAUGCCUGCGAAUGACGUCCCUGAGAUUCAGCGUUACGAUGAAAUGGUAAGUUGCCUCAAUCGAGCAAGUCUCUGUCCCGGAUAUACGCUGGUCCGUGUCGAUACUAAGGCAGACCUGAACGACAGAAGCAAGAUUAAGGUUGAUGCCGCACUCUUCGACGCCCACAUACCGGUCCUGGAUGGAAGGCCUCACUGGGCACUGCAGCGACUCGCUUUUCAGUUCAAGCAGCAUAGCACCCUGGACGAUCCCUUCGAGGACGAUAAUCCCGAGGACGACGAGUCCAUAACCCCCCGACGGAUGAAAAACCGAAGACAGACCAUCUUCUACUCUGCGAUGAUGUUUGCUCGUCAACAGCGUUGCUUUGUGUUCACCGUUCUCCUACUUGGCGAUUGCGCUCGUAUCUUUCGCUGUGAUCGUGCAGGUACCAUUGUGACGCACCGAUUCAACUACAAGAAUACAGACUAUCUCACCGAAUUCCUUUGGCGAUUCUCCCACUUAAGGGAUGAGCAACAAGGUUACGAUCUCUCUGCGGAACUCGUCGAGCAUGGCUCUACAGACUACGACCUCAUGGAAGAAAUGGCACAUAAGAAACUACCUAUCAAUGACUAUGCGAGGCAAUCUUUCGAGAAGUCCAUUGCCGAUCCUAGUUGGGCCCGAUGGAAGCUGCGCAUUGUGUCAGGCAUGGAACUCACCAACGUCGAUGCAAGGAAUGAGGACGAUGUGCGAUAUUUUCUGGUAGGACAGCCUCACUUCCGUGCGUUCGGAAUGGCAGGUCGCGGUACACGCGGCUACGUUGCGAUCGACUGCAAGGAGAAGAGAUUUGUAUUUCUCAAGGAUGCCUGGCGCGUAUAUCUUCCUGGCAUAGAACAGGAGGGUACCGUCCUCGGCCGUCUGAACAAAGUGAAAGUCACGCACAUUCCGACCCUAAUGUGUGAUGGAGACGUUCUGGAGCAAGCCACAGUGACUCAGUCUUACUGGACGCCAUCACGAGACGCGCAUGAAGAAGCUCUGAAAUCGGCUGGAAUUAUCCAUCGUGACUUAAGCUUCGGCAACGUGCUCAUCUACGAACGCGGAGUUCUACGACAUAUCAAUGGGGUGAAAAAGAAGAAGAUUGAACGUUGUGGGAUGCUCUGCGAUUGGGAGCUUUCAAAGCCGAUGCACGAUGACAGUGAGAAGAGACAACCUGACCGCACAGGCACUUGGCAGUUUAAGUCUCCGCUCACUCUAGACUUUCCGGAGAAGACCGUGGAUGUCCCAGAUGAGUUGGAAUCAUUCUUCCACAUCUUCCUGUUCACCGCUUUGCGCUAUACCCAAAGCAGCCUGGACGAAGCUGUUGGGCACUUCAUGACGGAAUACUUUGACGCGGUAGGCUCUGAGGAUUGUCAUCACUACAUGUGUGGAGCGAAGAAACGAGAAUGCAUGAAAGACGGCAAACUCACAUACGGCCACGACGUCGUCGUCUUUCUGCGCAAUGAUGGCUCGCCUGAUCACCCAUUCAAUCUCAUUAUCGAGACGAUCAUGCCAUGGUUCGCAGCUCACUACCACAUCACUCUACACGACCUGAAGCAAAUCAGGCCCCCACCUCCCAUUCCGCGACUACCUCGGGACAACCUGCCAGGGACAGGAGCGGCGAAGAGGAAGAGUAGUGAUUCCUCUGAGGAGGUCGCGAAUGUUGAAGAUCUGCCAAAAGAAUUCUUCACCAAAGUGUCGGAGAAAAAGAAGCGGAAAGAGGAAGCUCGGAAGCUGAAGGUACACAACAAAGGCGUCACCUCUAUCACCUUCCAAGCCGACUCCUCGGAUCCGAGGAUUGAAUCCUUCAGGCCAAUUGCUGUCAAUCUGAGUACCCACGAGGAGAUGUCCGCGUACUUGGCGCAUUUGUACUACAACAAUGCACUGUGGGCACGCACAGAGAGGGCCGAGGAUCAAAUCACCCGCGACUACAACCACGCCAUGUUUCGACAGAAAGGUCCUGUUAUCAUCGCACCUACACGCCGGCCCACUAGUAAGCGCCCCCAUGAUGACGAGGAAUCAGGCCCGUCUUCAAUAUCCAGCAAGCGCCCCAGAACAUCCGAGUUCGCGAUCCCUCCCCUGCCACAUUUCUACAGCAAACGAAGCCUCCCUGAUACCUGUGACUCCCCGCCAGACCACGACGUCCUUCCUGCCACUCUUCAUGGCGUCGCCUUGCCAGAUGGCUUCCGAUCCCAAUACGGUGCCGUCGACGUGGAUCCUCGAGGGUGGCAAGCUUCUGGUCGUAGAUUUUCGACCACUCCAUAUUGA